AUGUCGCAGCGUCGGAGUCACACCAAGUCUCGUCGAGGAUGCACUCAAUGCAAGCAGCGUCAUGUCAAGUGCGAUGAAGGCACGCCCAGUUGUGGCUAUUGCCUAAAACGCGAGGUCGUGUGCAGCUUCAUCGAUCCCAGCCGCGACAAUUCAACGAGUUUGACCGCAUCACCAUCCGCACAAUCCAGCUCUGUACCAGCUCCAGCUGCUCAGUCUGCCGAAUCUAGAGUACUGGAGCUCAAGCUGAUGCACAAUUGGUCCACAAAUGCCUUCAAAUCGAUGAGACAACAUACCGACGAAACCCAUUUGUGGCAGAUCGUCGUACCGGAACUGGCUUUGUCGCAUGGGUAUCUCUUGAACGCCCUUCUAGCACUUUCUGCACGUCAACUCUCCUUCGAAGAUUCUGUCUGGGAUUGCGCUGCUUUGGAUUAUGAGAACAGGGCUCUCAUAGGCUUCCAGCAUGUCCUAGGUUCUCUUGAUGAAAGCAACUAUGAGCCGAUAUUUGCGUGCUCUAUACUCAUUAUGAUAUUCUCCUUGGCUCAGUCUCAUUGGCAACAUAGUCGUCAGCUGUCCGAUGCUCUAAUCGAUAUUCUGGAGUUGCGCCAGUUCAUCGCCGGUGUUGGCCUGGUGCAAAACAACUAUAGUCACCUGCUACGUCUCUCGAGCUUUGGGACUCUCUUCAACCCGCACACACCAGGUGAUCUGGAUCCUGGAGACGGCACAGGCGCCACACUGCCUGAUAUGUGCCAUAUAGUUGACACCACCCUGGAGCUCCUACGCGAGGAGGCUUCCAAGACCACCAACAGCGAGAAACACUCUAACGCUAUAUCUGGCCUUCAACAAGCCAUGGGACCCUAUUGCACAGGCGGCAUAAUGUCAGGGAUCAUGACGUGGCCAGUCAUGAUCCAGGACGACUACGUGAGCCUCAUUGAGACGAGAGACCCCAUGGCAAUAGCCAUACUUGCACACUAUGGCGUUAUCAUUCAUCUGCUCCGGGACAAAUGGUGGGCCGCGGACGCUGGAAAGCGACUCGUGCAUGCGAUACUGCCGAUUCUGCUUGAAUCGAAAACAGAAUGGGCUGACUUGGUACAACGAUCGUGGAAUGCUGUGGCAAGCGACCAGUCGUCUCAGAACACGCCGAUGUCAGUACAUUGA